AUGAAGUCCGUGCUGUUCAGUCGCUUCUUCAUCCUCCUGCCCUGGAUCCUAAUCGUCAUCAUCAUGCUCGACGUGGACACGCGCAGACCCGCGCCCCCGCUCACCCCGCGCCCCUACUUCUCUCCUUACGCGUUGGGCCGCGGGAGCGCCCGCCUCCCGCUCCGCAGGGGCGGCCCGGGGCGCAGCCCGGAGAAGCGCAACGAGUCUCGGGCUCAGCCGCCGCCCCAGCCGCAGCUGCCCACCAUCUAUGCCAUCACGCCCACCUACAGCCGCCCGGUGCAGAAAGCCGAGCUGACCCGCCUGGCCAACACCUUCCGCCAGGUGGCGCAGCUGCACUGGAUCCUGGUGGAGGACGCCGCGGCGCGCAGCGAGCUGGUGAGCCGCUUCCUGGCGCGGGCCGGGCUACCCAGCACGCACCUGCACGUGCCCACGCCGCGGCGCUACAAGCGGCCUGGGCUGCCGCGCGCCACGGAGCAGCGCAACGCCGGCCUCGCGUGGCUGCGCCAGAGGCAUCAGCACCAGCGCGCACAGCCCGGCGUACUGUUCUUCGCCGACGACGACAACACCUACAGCCUGGAGCUUUUCCAGGAGAUGCGGACAACUCGCAAGGUCUCUGUGUGGCCAGUGGGCCUGGUUGGCGGACGCCGCUAUGAACGUCCAUUGGUGGAAAACGGCAAAGUCGUUGGUUGGUACACCGGCUGGAGGGCAGACAGGCCUUUCGCCAUCGACAUGGCAGGAUUUGCUGUAAGUCUUCAAGUCAUCUUGUCCAAUCCAAAAGCUGUAUUUAAACGUCGUGGAUCUCAACCAGGAAUGCAAGAAUCUGACUUUCUAAAACAGAUAACAACAGUUGAAGAACUGGAACCUAAAGCAAAUAACUGCACCAAGGUUCUUGUGUGGCACACCCGGACAGAAAAGGUUAAUUUAGCCAACGAGCCAAAGUACCACCUGGACACAGUGAAAAUUGAGGUCUAA